AUGGCUUUAAACACCACCCCACCCAAACGCUUCGGGAUCCUCUUGUAUCCUGGGUUCGAAGCUCUCGACGCCUUUGGCCCUAUGGAGGUCGUCAAUGACCUGUCCCGCGAGCAUGACAUCACCUUGUCCGUCAUUGCCGCAUCCAGGGACCCGGUCUCGACCUUGUGGAAGGGUGUGCACAAGGUUGGCCAGAGCGUUAUGCCCACGCACACCUUUGCCGACGACCCAGAACUCGACGUGCUCUUGAUCCCGGGAGGCUGGGGCGGGUUCGAGUCGGAUGCGGCCACGCGCGACUACAUCCGCCAGGUGGUGCCCAAGCUGGGCAGCAGCCUCAUCACCGUCUGCAACGGCUCUGCGCUGGUGGCGCAGACGGGCAUCCUCGACGGCAAGACGGCCACGACCAACAAGGCCUACUGGAAGGAGUGUACCGCGAGCGGGCCCAAGACGAGCUGGGUUGCCAAGGCGAGAUGGGUCCGCGACGGCAACAUUUGGACUUCGUCGGGCGUCAGUGCCGGUAUCGACGUGACGCUGGCCUUUGUCGCUACCUAUUUCGGCGAGGAUGUGGCGACGAGCAUUGCGAAUAACAUGGAAUUCAGCCGGGCCCCGUCGUCUACUGAUGAUCCGUUUGCAUCCUUGUACAAGUGUCAGGAUGUCCCACCAGUAUCUUCGUAG